AGUCACUAAAUGGCCGACGAAACGCCGAAGGUUAAAACAGAACCUGCGGCCGAGGUUAAAUCACCCUUGGAUGAAGUUAAGGAAAUUCGAAAAGAGGCAGAACUGACACAAACUGGGAGUGACGAAAAGAAAACCACGGACCCGGAAUUCAUCACAGUACAAGAUCCAAAUGGAGAUGAGCCAAUAGAACUUCCUACCGUUGAUGGUGUUGUCUUGAUGACUACAUUGCAAGCAUCGUUUCCGGGUGCUACUGGUUUGAAGUACAAAAAUCCAAAAACUGGAGCCAACCGAGCUGUUCAAGUCGAUCCCAGUGGUUUGAAAUUAAUUGCUCCAGCUGACGGCUGGGAAAAUAAAACGUUCUUCGUUAUUGUUGCCCCGCAGAGCGAGAGAGUCAGAGCGUUGUCAUCAGCUGACGCGACGAGUGCGAAGAGACGUAAAGUGGGAUCGAGUGACGACUCGGAUUCGGAUGACGGUCGUGACGGACGUUCGGGCAGGAAGAGAGCGGUUGAGAGAGACAGCCAGCCAGUUGACCUCAUCGUGCUCGGUGUGGACUUCAAAACGACUGACGAGUGCUUUCAGAAAUACUUCGAAGAUAUAGGAACUGUUGUGUUCUGUGAGAUAAAACGAAAGUCGGAUGGAAACUCAAAAGGAUUUGGAUUUGUCAGAAUGUCAUCAGUCGGUGAACAAAAUAAAGUAUUAGCUAUCCCACAGCACAUGAUUGAUGGUCGUCGUUGUGAUGUGAAAGUUCCAGAUGGAAGGAGUUUGCAGGACAAACAAGGUCGUCCAUCAAUCAGUCGAAUUUUUGUCGGAAGGCUCACAGACAAAGUAGACGAACAUCAACUGCGAAAAGUGUUUGGAGAUGAAGCAAAAAGCUAUAUAGAGACUGCAGUAGUUACCGAUGUGUUCAUCCCAAAACCAUUCAGAGGCUUUGCAUUCGUUACGCUGUCGAGCGCCGAAGCCGCGGAAAGAAUUGUCAGCAAAGGAUCGCUAACUGUCAACGGUUUAUCAGUUGGAUUGAGCAUCGCACAGCCUCGAGAAGAGAAUAAUCAAUCAGUUGGCCCUGAUUAUGGCCUUCCAGCUGGCUACCGUAACCGCAGAGAACGUGAUCGACCGGAUAGACGACCGAUUCAAAAUGAAGCACCUCUGCCCAUGCCAUUCGUCCGCCCACCACAAGAUUACUCAUACCGUCAGCAAAAUUCUCCCCUCGAGAGGAGAUACUGGGCACCUGGAGACUCGAGAGGACCAGGAUGGUGAUUCUCUCGAAAAAUCGUUAUUAUUCAUAUUUUUCUACACUUUUCUCAAUUUUCUUGUCUGACAAUUUGUCAUUAGUAUUGUUCUCUCACAUUUACUAGACCCCUACAAUUUUCAUGUCGACGCACUUUGCGAUUUUAUGCUGUAUUUUUAAUAAUGCAAUUCUACAAUCUCUGAAUAAAAAACCUGAAAUU